AUGUCGUCACAAGAAAGUUUGGAAAUUCGCGCAAACAUUAAGUUUUGCAAAGAAAUAGGGAAAACACCAUCCGAAACGUAUAAGCUACUAAAGCUGACACGGGGAGACAGCUGCGUUUGCCGUGCACUGGUUUUCAAGUGGCAUCGACGCUAUUCUGAUGGCCGACAGUCCCUUGAAGAUGAUGCAGGUCGUGGACGGAAGUCAACAAUCGGACCGUCAGCUGUGACGUCAAUUGAUGAGAAACUGGAAGCGGAUUGCAGAAUGACUGUACGGGAGCUGUCAGAGGCUGCCACUGUCAGCUAUGGAAUCGCACACAGCAUUCUGACCACCGAAUUAAACAUGCGGAAGCUUAUCAUGGAAGGUGUUUUGGUGGCUGGUGACUCCAAUGUCUACAGACUCCGAGAUUCGAGCAACACUCGGUCUGUCAACGUGAAUAUUUCAUUCCUGGCCGUCUCAGGUGCUCGUUACGUAAAAGACAGGAAGAACUUCCGCUGCCGAGUUCGGGAAGAGGUGGAACAUCAGCAUUUCAGGAGUAUAUACCUCCACCUUGGUUCCAAUGAUGUAUUUUGUACAAUCGAGGAUUUCUACAGGAAUGCUUCAGAGGUUGUAGAUGUUCUCAGAGAGACAGCUCCUGGAGCAGAGAUUGUUCUGUGCUCAAUCUUGCCGAGGGCGCCAGACUUUAGCGGACGCGGUUUCUUGUCCUUGAAGAUGUUGAGAGCAUGCCAACAUUGGGUGAUGCGCGCCAACCAAGCACUGCAAGAUGUUGCAUUACAUAUACCCUAUGUGAGGUUUUUUCAGUAUGACUGCUCAACAGAGGUUCUGGCCAAGGAUGGACUGCAUCUUAACAGAUAUGGAGCAAGACGGUGCCUGCAAGAUCUUCAUGCUGACUCCCAUUGGUUGUAUGAUGAAGUAGAUGAAGAAGAGUGGCCAGAACUACAAGAGAUAGAGCCGUCAGCAGCUGAGGAGGAGGAUGCAACCGUACCACCAGUAAAAACUAUGGAACAGCGGUCGUAUGCCACUGUAGUGCAGCAGAUGAUGGCACAGAUUCAUGAAGAAGAUCUGAAGAACGUGCCUAUUCGCAUUAAACUUCCGGAAAAGAAGGAAAAGGUUCAAAAGAGACGGGAAACCCCAGAGAGAAAAGGCCGAAAGAAGAUGAAGGUGCAGGAAAGGAAGCGUGGGAAGACAAGUAUUAUUGACACCAGUGACCAUGUUCAUCUGCUUCUGUGGGAUGUUGCAGUUUGCCUUCCAGCUAGGAACAUACAUGGCUUACCCUUGAAACUGAAAGCUGUGACAGCAGGAAAGAAAGUCGGGAGAAAAAACCCACCAUUGCCUAAGCCAAAAAGAUGUGCGAACAAGCAUCAACAUUGGUUGAACUGUCCUGACUGCAAGGUUAGAUGUUCUAGGGACGAUUUUCUCCUAGAUCAUAUACACAAACGUCAUGUUCAUGGAAGGACCAUUUCAACGUAUAUUCAGAUGGAUGUUAAAUCAAAGGAUUCUCCAAGGAAACAGGCACCAGAGGCAAUCUUUGAGGAUAAGGAAGACCGUCAAGUAAAUCUCAAUCCCCCCAAGAAAGACUUUCAACAGAACGUGGAUACUACAAGAAGGAGGUUAUUGUUGGCCAAUGAUGUUGAGCAGAACCCUGGACCGACUACUAGAGUAGCAGAAACCUUCAUCAGCAUUGAGGAUUGGUUGUCAACACUACCAGAGGGUCAGCUCCAUGACACAACAGAUUUACUCUCAUGCCCCAUUAAUUUGGUAAAACACUUGAACUGA